CUGCAACGGGGCACUCGAUUCGACACCCAGAGUCUUAUAAAAUAUGCGGUCGUGUGGAAGGCCUGUAACGAACACGCUCAAUAUUAGAACUACGAUUGAAAUACUUAUUUUUAAAUUUUGGAGUAGAUGAUCUUUCCAAAUUGCACUCGCUGGAAUGGGAUCCACAAUAUAUUUUGAAUAACUAAUUGUUAUAGAAGUACAGGCACGUUUUUUAAAAUCUCUUGCCACCUCUGAUAUUGCUAUUUUUAUUUGAUUUUUUUGUAAAAAUAUUCAUGCCUGUCCGGUCUGGACAGCUAAAAGAAGCUGGAGACGACGACCAGGCUCUGAUGUGUGUGCAAGAGCGAGCGGGACCAAGAGUCUGUAUGUGUGUUUAUAUGUUUUUUUUCCGACCUCUCGUCGUAAGUUAAUAAUUCAGGAGCAUUGGUGACGUAUUGCACAGAGAGGCGAAUUUAUGCAAAGAAGCGUCCAUUCAUUCAAUGCGAGGGAGGCGUGUCCACGCACAGCACGCAAAGGAGAGGCUGGGUCGACGGUGUCGGACGUACACAACGAUUUUUACCCCCCCCUCCUUACUUCUCCCAAAGCGCUUCCUCAGUGACUUCAGGGCCUGAAACAAUACACCUUUUUGUGCUUGCAGACGCAGAAGUUAUGUAACUACUGUUUUUAAGAAGGACAACGUGCUUUUUGGAUACCGUAGGGAAUGAAUAAGUGAAACCAACAUGCUCCGUGACAAAUCAAAUGGUCCGUUUAAAUAAAACGAGGAAGUGAUGUAUCAUUAAAUCAAUGCCAGCAGCAACAUCAGAUUUUACACUGUUGAGUGAAAGAUGAUCGAGAUGGAGAAAGAGACUGUUUUGCCUGGUGAUGGUGGCCAGAAGCCCGUGGGCCACCUACAAUCCCAGCGACUUGCCGGCUGCAGUAACGGGUCCCUUACUGCUGUGGCUGUCAGUUCAGGAGGUGCCACUAUGACAGCGCUGGCAGGCACAGUGGCCGUACCCGAGCACUCUGCCGUGAAUGUCACUUCCGUUGGUGGCCAGAGGCGGGCUGAGUCUGCAGGGUCCGGGGCCCAGAUGGCCGGCAGACCCAUGCGCCCCAAAAACGGACAGCACCAACCACAGCAGCAGAAGCUGCACAAACGGCGCUACAGCAUGAACGCCAGCUUCAAGCAGUCGGGCUAUGGCAAGAGGCGGCGGAGAGCCAACUCGGAGAGCGACCCUGUUCUUCCCACUAACUUUUUGCUGGGGGGCAACAUCUUUGACCCACUGAACCUUAACAGUUUGCUGGACGAAGAGGUGAACCGGACCUUGAAUGCGGAGACACCCAAGUCGUCACCUCUGCCUGCCAAGAGCCGUGAUCCGGUCGAGAUCCUGAUCCCCAAGGACAUUACAGAUCCACUCAACCUCAAUAGUGCCGGGGGAAAGGAUGACAUCCUCGUGUCCCCGAUGAAAAGCAGGAAGAGACACCGGAACCGGCACCAUGGGGGGGUAGGGGGGAUGCCAGCUGCACAGAUGGACUCCGGUGAGAUUGAGAGGGGAAAGGCUGGUGAGGGCUGUGUGGCUGCACUUACACCCAGCAGCACAGCGGUCCAUGCAGUUCCAGAGGCCCCCAGAGAGGGUGCUGUUCUAGUUAGCUUGACCUCAGUUCUGGAGUCGCCGCAGCCUUAUGAACUGAACACGUCCAUAAACUGCCGAGAUGAGGUAGUGGCUCCUAUUUUGCCUUGCAGACAUUCUCACAAGACCACCAGUAUUCCCCAAAAGUCACAGUCAAAAGCUCCGGGUAGCUCAGGCUGCCUGACAUCGGUGGUGUCCUGCCAGCCCCCCUCCUCCCGUCACCGCAAACGCAGACGCACCUCCAGCAGGACAGAUGCUUCUUCCAUCCCACCCACACCCUCAACCCAGAGAGGCAGUGUGGAGCAAGCACGAGGGCAUGCCACUAGGGGGCGCUCUCAAACCUUCCACACACCAUUGGCGGGUGGGGCCCAUGGGCAUGCCACCGUCACUAACCAUCAUGGCCAUCAGCGCAGCCAGAAUCGCCGCAAGGAGCGCAAGUUCCAGUACGGCAAUUAUAGCAAGUAUUACGGGUACCGGAACCCGGGCUUGUGCGAAGACCCGCGCAUGCGAGUCCUGCGGUCAGAGUGGUUCCGUGGGAAGGUCGUUCUGGACCUAGGUUGCAAUACGGGCCACUUGACUCUGUCCAUUGCCAAGAACAUGCAGCCAGCCCGUAUCUUGGGCCUGGAUAUUGACGGCGGGCUGGUGCGUGCCGCCCGGCACAAUAUCCGGCACUUCCUGUCAGAGCUACAGACCCAGGAGGCCCGGCGGGGGCCCAGAACAGAGCAUCGGGAGCAGGGGGUCUCCACGGAGCCACACGGCAGUGUGGACAUGGAGGCUGAAGGGGUGCCGUCAGAGGAAGCGCGCAGAGAGCCCUUCUCUGCAAGUUAUUUCCCCCUUUCCCUUCGGAUUUGCAGGGGUCCCAUAGCAGCGCCCCCUAUCUUUGUCACGGGGAAUGAGGAAUUUCCUGCUAAUGUAACCUUUGUCGAGGAGAACUACGUCCUGCAGAGCGACGCACUCCUGCAGGCCCAGCAGCCAGAAUACGACGUCAUCCUGUGCCUCAGCCUCACCAAGUGGGUGCACCUGAACUGGGGUGAUGCCGGCCUGCAGCGCGUCUUCAAACGGGCCUUCCGGCAGCUCCGCCCCGGUGGUCUCUUCAUCCUUGAACCGCAGCCCUGGAGCUCCUAUGGGAGGAGGAAGAAGCUCACGGACACCAUCUAUAAGAAUUACUACAACAUUCGGCUGAAACCUGAUCAGUUUAGCUCUUAUCUUACGUCAGAAGUUGGCUUCUCCAGCUACGAACUCAUUGGCACACCCAAGACCAUGUCUAAAGGAAAUUCACACCCUGGGAAUGUCCAUGAUCUAAAUCCUGGCGCUGUCUUGGUAGGACCAGCAGGGUUUCUGCGGGCAAUUUACUUGUUCCACAAAGGACCUUCAUCCUACAGGAAAUGAAAUCCUGAAAGGCGUAAAAAGAAGUCUGAAACAAAACCAACUUUUUUUUGUGACGCUUUAGAUUUUUAGAACAAACGUCGAGACUUGUACCCGAGUAUUAUAACAGAGUUUGUAUCAGAAAUCAAAAAGGGACAUCUUGAGAUGUAGGAUGUGAUGGAAAUAUCUUAACUACUUGCUUGCUUAAAAGUAUUAAGUCAUCAAUAGGCCCAGGCGGACAAAUGCAUUAAAAGCAGCAUUUUAUUUUUUUUUUGUUGCUGUCAUCCUGUGCCCUUACGCUACACCUGUAUGACGAAAAUGCAUCUCAAACCUCCUAAGACUCUGGGAUGUGAAAACUAUCUGGCUUUUCCGUAACUCGCUGAAAGCAGCCACAGACGUCUCUGUAUAUACCUAGCAACCCGUUUCUUCGAGAAGAAAAUGAGUUGUACACUGACAUUGGAUUUGUUUUGGCUCGGAGAGAGGACACUCUGCAGACAACUGCAAGAGGCCAAGAGUUGGGCUGAAACUGUGGGUAUUUUCAAAGAUGGUCAUACAGACCAGUGCUUCCCAGCUCAGUCCUCAGGGACCCACACAGCAUGUUUUUGCUCCCUUCCAUACAGUCCACAUAGGGAGCUGGGAGGAAGCAAAAACGUGGACUGUCUGCGAAUCUCUGAGGCCCCGAUAGGAAACGCUGAUAUAGACCUGGAUGCAUUCCGGCAAACCCAGAUCUGCAACGCUUAAAUGUGUAUGGGCCAGCCCGAGAUAAACCUGAUUAAAUGUUUCUUUUGGGUUUCACUUAUCCUUUCCAGAAUGUUCACUCUUUUCAGGGCAUCCGCCUUUUUACCAACCACCAAAUUCUUCAGGUGCAACUCAAAAAAUAAAAAAAACUACCACUAUUUGGUGUGUGGUAGCACAGAGAGGUUGUGGGGCAGACGCACUCUUUUCAGAAAUGCAUCGAAUGUUUUACAGAUUUUUUUUGUGUGUGUGUUGUCAAUGUUUUAAGCAGUGAUGAGGAAUAAAAAUAUUCCUAACUUGU